CCCAUUUCUUCAACUCACCAAUAUAGGACCUAUCCCCAUUACACCCCAAACUCCCCUCAAUGUCCAUAAUUAUGGUAAAUAGUAUUGUCCCAGAGGACAUCGCAUCGUCAAUACAAGCCUUCAACGCGUCCUCCUUACAGAAGACUCUUCCUAGCCGCCAGCUUCCGAAUGAGAUUCUCCUUAACAUUUUCCUCGAGAUUGCUCACUUGCACCCGAGCACCCUAAAGGACCUCUACUCUAUCUGCAAGCGCUGGUAUUACAUUGUGAUAAAAUAUGAGGAUCUCUUUUGGCGUACAGCGACACUUUCUGCGUUUCCUUGUGUAUUGUCACCUACACCAAUGCUAUCAUCAUAUAAACACUCAGAAAAGCAUGAGCUGCAUGGAUUUGGGCCGCUCAAUGGACUACAGCUAAAGCAGCGCCUGCAGGAAUGCGGAAAGCCUUCAAUAACAACAUCGUUCAAUUCUUAUUGGAAAGAGAUGUUUAGCAUCUGCAGCGGAUGGAUCCAUCAAAAAGCCAACACACUAGUUGUGCAGCCUUAUCAAUCGCCUCAGCAAGCCUCGGCGCAUGAGUCGCUCCUACAGAACAGCUUUAUGUUGGAGAAUAUUGAAAGCCAAUGUCAAGCUGAAGGGCGGACAGCAUUAAAAGUCGAAGAUGCUACAAACAGAGGAUGUCAAUCUUUAUCAAUUGGCCAAAGAGAUUUUGCUGUCCAACAUCAGCACCAACACCACCAUCAUUUGCAAGACCAAUAUGAUGAUAGUAGCCUCCGCUCCAGCUCCGGCUCCAGCUCCGGCUCCAGCUUUCGCUCAAUGGCCCACAAAUGCCGGGACAUAAAUAGUCCUCUUAAAAAUACCUCCUCAAUCCCAUUGGAGGUUGCAUUACCCGCCUCGACCACCAUUGCCCGGUCGAUUACUUUACGACAACAGCAACAAAGAGAAGGAAAAGAAGGAGACCAGCAAAGCAUCCAAAGGGAAGAAGCGGUACUAGUGGAUGAUAUUCUUAGCUGUAGUUUGUGCUCUUAUACUGAUGUCUGUCUGAUUCUACAAGCACGUAUCUGUGUCCGAACUCACCGAGAUCGGAACCGCCCUCUAAUGCAGGUGUUGGAUUGGCCGAUGAAGGACUCUGAGUUUGUAGACAUUGAUGAUGAAGCGCAUAGUCAUCGAGAUUUGAUCUCAGGGUUGGCUGUGAACGAUAUAGGAACCUUACUAGCAUCUUGCUCCAUUGAUGGAACGGUGCGCGUAUGGGAUGUGAAUCCGAGAUGGAGAUAUCCCAGAAGCCAACAGAAAAAUAGCUUUGACAACAGUAACAGUAACGGUAGUAAUGAUAUGAUCGCUGCGAUUUCGUUCUCGCAGAAAAUCAGAAUGUAUGGGCAACCUAUUCAGAGUCGAUGGCUAUUGUUGGGACAUAUUGGAUGGGUGAAUGCGGUAGAUAUCAAAAACACAACCGUCGUAAGUGGGGGGUCAGAUCAUACAUUGCGAGUCUGGGAUGCUCUAUCUGGUGAAUUGUUGCGCGUGAUCCCCGAUCUGUACCUUUCACGAGACAUCGGCCUUGGUAUCUACUCAGUCGCUAUCUAUGGUGCUGGCGGUAUCAAUGUCUCUGUUGAAAACAACAAUGCUUCGCUUUUCAAACAUGAGCAAGAAUGCAACAAUUUGCAUCGACGGGGUUGGAUCAUAGGUUCAGGAUCAAUCACGGAAGGUUAUCAGAUCCAUGACCUCAAUACUGGAACAUUAAUUAUGGAUCUAGACGAACCCUUAUGCUCCAAAGACCAUCUCCGUUUCGAAACAGACUUGUACCAGCAAUAUGCUUGCAAAAUCAUCAUUACCGACGUAGUCAUUGUGACAAACUCUAAACUAGAAGGGAUGCUCUGUGUUUGGAGCAAAGAGACCGGCCAGUUCUUAUACCGGAUCCAAGUAUGCCCACUGGAUAUUUAUUCGUUGAACCAGGGCCGACGUGAUCGUAGUCAGGGACUGCACAGUCAUGGCCACAGCCAUCCUCAAGCUACAACACGCUUGCUUGACAUCAACCCAUCACUUCGUCGUGUAGUGAAGACUAUUGACCAAACGAGACCCAGGCUGAGAAGAAUGAUGGCCUAUUCUGCUGGAGAAACGAUCUGGAAAAAUCCUGAAGCAACAGCAGGCAGUGACAGUACGAUCCACAUGUUCAGAAUAAAUCGCUCUGGCUCGAUACUCAUGUGUACACUAUGUAAUGGACGGAUGGCAGUGUUUGAGUUUGGGGCGAGCCCAAAACACAGAUAUGGGAAAGAUACGUGGGUCAUCCAGGCACCACUCCCCCCAUCUAUUGCGGCUAGUUACUUGGGUAAUCAAGCACAACAGCAACCAUACCAAGGAGAGCUACAACAAAGACGCGAGCAUCAAUGCACCAUACAAGCCUGGAUCUGGAUGCGCAAUAGCGAAAGCACUAAUCAUAUCGCUUUAAUUUAAAUAUAUUACAAAAUUUAGACGAUAAAAAAAAAUUUAAUGAAAAAUUAAUCUAGAACCAACUCUGCUGACUACCACCGGUACCCUGCCCAGCAUUAGUAGUCCACAUUUCGCGUGGGUCCUGACUCUGUUGAAUAAAAGGCGGUGGGUGCAUAGGAUGGCCUGGAUGCAUAGGAUGGCCACCAUGACCAUGAU